UAUGUAAUAAACCCAAAUUUAACGGGUACGACAACUGUGCUGAAGUACGAAGGCGACGUAAACAAACCAGACCCAGACCAAGACCCAGAGUGAGAGGGAGUGGAAGAAGAAAUCGUACUAAGCCUUAUUAACAGCGAAGGAUUCAGCAAGAAGUAAAACAACAAUUCCUACAUCACAGCCUGACCCGACCUGACUUGACCUGACCUCACCAUGACGACUGCUGCUUUCUCCCACGAACCAGGAACAGCGAUGGAAUGCCUGAGUAUUCCAAUCACACUGGAAAAGGAAUCUGGAAUCGACGAAAAUGGACGACAAGUCCUCAGGUGUGGCUUUCGAAUUGGAGGCGGUAUUGACCAAGACUUCAUGAAGAGCCCUCAAGGAUACACGGAUAAUGGUAUCUACUGUACAGAGGUCCAUGAAGGCAGUGCUGCAGCAAGGGCCGGUCUCAGGGUACAUGACAAGAUUCUACAAUGCAAUGGCUAUGAUUUUACGAUGGUUACGCACAAGAAGGCUGUCGAUUAUAUAAGAAAACAUCCAGUACUGAAUCUUUUGGUUGCAAGGCGGGGUGUGACGCACUCCUAGAUUGAGUGUGGCAGUGUGUGGGUGUGUGUGGCAGUGUUUGGGUGUGUGUGGCAGUGUCUGGGUGUGUGUGGCAGUGUUUGAGUGUGUGUGGCAGUGUUUGGGUGUGUGUGGCAGUGUUUGGGUGUGUGUGGCAGUGUUUGGGUGUGUGUGGCAGUGUCUGGGUGUGUGUGGCAGUGUCUGGGUGUGUGUGGCAGUGUUCAGGUGUGUGUGGCAGUGUUUGAGUGUGUGUGGCAGUGUUUGAGUGUGUGUGGCAGUGUUUUCAGUGUGUGUGGCAGUGUUUGGGUGUGUGUGGCAGUGUUUGGGUGUGUGUGGCAGUGUUUGAGUGAGUGUGGCAGUGUUCAGGUGUGUGUGGCAGUGUUUGAGUGUGUGUGGCAGUGUUUGAGUGUGUGUGGCAGUGUUUUCAGUGUGUGUGGCAGUGUUUGGGUGUGUGGCAGUGUUUGGGUGUGUGUGGCAGUGUCUGGGUGUGUGUGGCAGUGUCUGGGUGUGUGUGGCAGUGUUUGGGUGUGUGUGGCAGUGUUUGGGUGUGUGUGGCAGUGUUUGGGUGUGUGUGGCAGUGUUUGGGUGUGUGUGGCAGUGUCUGGGUGUGUGUGGCAGUGUUUGAGUGAGUGUGGCAGUGUUCAGGUGUGUGUGGCAGUGUUUGAGUGUGUGUGGCAGUGUUUGAGUGUGUGUGGCAGUGUUUUCAGUGUGUGUGGCAGUGUUUGGGUGUGUGGCAGUGUUUGGGUGUGUGUGGCAGUGUUUGAGUGAGUGUGGCAGUGUUCAGGUGUGUGUGGCAGUGUUUGAGUGUGUGUGGCAGUGUUUGAGUGUGUGUGGCAGUGUUUUCAGUGUGUGUGGCAGUGUUUGGGUGUGUGGCAGUGUUUGGGUGUGUGUGGCAGUGUCUGGGUGUGUGUGGCAGUGUCUGGGUGUGUGUGGCAGUGUUUUGAGUGUGUUUGGCAGUGUUUGGGUGUGUGUGGCAGUGUUUGGGUGUGUGUGGCAGUGUUUGAGUGUGUGUGGCAGUGUUUGGGUGUGUGUGGCAGUGUUCGGGUGUGUGUGGCAGUGUCUGGGUGUGUGUGGCAGUGUUUGGGUGUGUGUGGCAGUGUUUGGGUGUGUGUGGCAGUGUCUGGGUGUGUGUGGCAGUGUUUGGGUGAGUGUGGCAGUGUUUGAGUGAGUGUGGCAGUGUUUGGGUGUGUGUGGCAGUGUUUGAGUGAGUGUGGCAGUGUUUGGGUGUGUGUGGCAGUGUUUGAGUGAGUGUGGCAGUGUUUGAGUGAGUGUGGCAGUGUCUGGGUGUGUGUGGCAGUGUCUGGGUGUGUGUGGCAGUGUUUGGGUGUGUGUGGCAGUGUUUGGGUGUGUGUGGCAGUGUUUGGGUGUGUGUGGCAGUGUUUGAGUGAGUGUGGCAGUGUUUUCAGUGUGUGUGGCAGUGUUUGGGUGUGUGUGGCAGUGUUUGGGUGUGUGUGGCAGUGUUUGAGUGUGUGUGGCAGUGUUUGAGUGAGUGUGGCAGUGUUUGGGUGUGUGUGGCAGUGUCUGGGUGUGUGUGGCAGUGUUUGAGUGAGUGUGGCAGUGUCUGGGUGUGUGUGGCAGUGUCUGGGUGUGUGUGGCAGUGUCUGGGUGUAUUAGAGAGAGAGAGAGAGAUUGUCAAGAAGAUUUAUAAAAGAAAAGGAAAAGAAAAAAUAUUUAAAAGAAGAGAGAGAGAGAGAGAGAGAGAGAGAGAGAGAGAAUAAUAACGAUAAAAUAUGUGUUGAUUUUUAUAUUUCUCAAUGUAGUUGAUUUAUUACCUAUUAUUAUUUUAUUAUUUUUCUAUCAUCCAUAUUAUUAUUGUUAUUGAUGUUAUUAUUGUUGCAUGUAGCUACAACGAUGAUAAUAAUGUUUGCUGAUUAGAGAAGAAAUAUAUUAUUGAUCUGG